CACGAUAUUGGCGUCAGAGGCUUGUAGACAGAUACAUGAGUAUGUAGGAAAUGGAGGAAUGUGGAUCAUGUGCAGGCAGAAGAGAUUCAGUUUAAUUUGGUAUCGUGUUCGGCACAGAAGGACCUGUUCUUAUAGAGUCAUGGGGUUACACAGCAGGGACUAGUGCUGAUCUCCUCUGGCUUUGUUACAAUUCCCAUUAAUCUGAAAAGGAGGGCAUUUUCCGAUUUGUGAUAAAUAACUUAUUCAGUGUAAUUGAAACAAACAAAAGUUGGGCGAGGCAGAUAAGUAAAAAGACCUUUGCAGUCAGACCCAAGUCCUUCCCAAUCGCAAGUGUGGUUUCACUUUCCCCGGCAUUUACGGAAUCAAUUUUUAUUUUUUCCAAUGCCACGGUCGCCUCCGUUCCCCCUCCUGUGGGGUGUCUUUUAACUCCACACCAGAGAAAGUGGUCUCCUUGAUCCCGUUUUAUCGCUGUACAAAGGUUGCAGCCCCCCAUGGGGAGCGGGGACAGAGUGCGGGCACCGAGUUCUGCUUGAGGAGGGUGUCGGCCAAAGGGGAAGCGGCUGCUCCAGGGUCUGAUCAGUGAUCCAGUCCACACAAGGAAAAGGCCAAGAGAGGAACUUUCAACGUUAAACCAUCAGUCAAAGUGACCAACCAGAGAAGAUGUGCAGGGGAUGGUUAUUCUGCACACAUCUCACAAACAUGGAAGAAAUUUACCUCACUGUGCUCUUACUUCCUGGGAUUCUGUUUUCUGUACAUGGGAAAUUUCAAGUCACUGGCCCAAAUCAUCCUGUUAUAGCCAUUGUGGGUGAGGAUGUGAUAUUGGACUGUCAGGUUGUGCCAGCUGGAUCGAUUCGCAAUAUGACAGUGCGAUGGCUUAAAUCAGACCUUGAUUUUGCCAUUCACAUGUUCAGAAGUGGCAAAGAUGUAACAAGUUCUCAAGAUCCUGAUUACAGAGGAAGGACUGAGCUGUUUAAAAACCAAAUGGACAAAGGAAAUGCGUCCCUUCGAAUCAAGAACAUCCGAGUGCCUGAUGAAGGGAAAUAUAUCUGCUCUGUUGAUAAUGGAAUUGAUUUUGAAGAAACUCCAAUCAUCUUGAAUGUUGGAGGUUUGGGAUAUGAGCACUGGAUCUACGUUGGAGGAUAUAAAAAAAAUGAAGUUCAACUUGUUUGUGAAUCUAAUGGGUGGUAUCCUGAGCCAUUGAUACAUUGGAUGAGUGGCGAUAAAAAGAAUUUGACUUCAAAGUCUGAAAUAAAUUACAACCGGGACUCUAAAGGCCUUGUAAAUGCCCGGAGCAAAGUUUUUGUAUCGAAAGAUUCAAUAAACAGAUUCAGGUGCAUUUUACAGAAUCAAGUUUUGAAGAAAGAACAAGAAGCGACGAUUGAGAUUGCAGAUGUUUUCUUCCCAGUUGUCUCAGGCUGGCUGGUGUUCUUGUGUCUGAUCCUCAGUCUUCUGGUGAUAGUGCUUUGUUUUGGCAUUUUUUGGGCCAUUAGAAGACGUAAAUACAUGAAAGAUCUAGAAAAUCACCAAGCCGUCAAGCAGUUUGACCAGUGGAAACCUCUUGUUGAAUCAGAUUGGGAGUUCAUGUAUAAAAGUCUAGCCUCUGUGAAGCUGGACACAGAAACAGCACAUCGACAGCUGGAGGUAUCUAAGGAUCUAAAGAGUGUGAAACUGACCAACUCCCAGAUGACUGUUCCUGAGAAUAAGGAGAGGUUUACAGCCUGGGAAUGUGUCCUGGGAUCAGAAGGAUUUACUUCAGGGAAACAUUACUGGGAGGUAGAAGUUGCAGGAAAUCACAAAUGGUCUCUUGGAAUUGCUGGAGAGAGUGCAAAUAGAAAGGGUGACAUUGAGUUAAAGCCAGAGAAUAAAUUCUGGACCAUUGGGCAAGAUGAGAAAAAAAUCUAUGCAAACCUUGCUGUCAAAUCUGAUAUCCCUUAUCAUGAAUUUCCCAAGAAGAUUGGAGUUUAUGUUGAUUAUAAUUCUGGGAUAGUUUCAUUUUAUAUUGCAAACACAAAGUCUUUCCUCCACACUUUCAAUGAGAAAUUCUCUGAGCAGCUCUACCCUUUCUUUCAUACAGCACAUUGUAACAAGUGGCUGAGAAUCUGCUCCACGCAGGAAUCAUCCACUAAGAAAUCUAAAAACAAUGUAAUUUAACACAGCAAGUCUGGGCAGCCUGGAUCAUAUAUGUGAAUAAUGAAGUUAUUUUUCCCUUUAGUGGUGACUAGCAAAUAUGGCUUGUAAAUCCUGUAACAAAAUGCUUUCUGAUUGCAUAUGCUUUGCAGGCUACUUUGUGUUUUUGUUUGAUGUAAAUAUAAAGGAACGAAAUUAGGAUGCCAUAUUGGUUACAGACUUGGGAAUAGAGGCCUUAUCCACUUAAGCCACUGAUAGAUAGGCUUAUAGAACCAUCCUGUAACCUGAGAGACGGCACAACGGCACUGCAAGAGAAAUGUCCUUCCUGCAUCCAGCUUGUUGAGUCCUAUAAGAAGUUUAAACACUUCAACUGGAUCUCCUUUCAUCUGAACUCUAUAGUCCCAUUCUACUCUCUCUCUGCUCAUUCAGAUCAGCACAGUGAGGGAGCAGGUCGUGCUGCGACCUCACAACUGCAUGCAGAAGGGAUUAGUUUAAUUAGGUGUUAUUAGCUUAAUUAGUUCAGCACUUGUGGGCCAAAGGGCCUGUUCCUGUGCUGUACUGUUCUAUGUAACUCUAGUGACCUUGGUUCAAUUCUGACUUUUGGUGCUGUCUGUAUGGACUGUGCACAUUUCCUUUGUGACUUUGUAGUUUCUUUCCACAUCCAAAGAUGUGCUGGCCCUUGGGCUGAUUGGUUGCUGUAAAUUAUCCCAGUGUAGCUGACUGGUAGGAGAAUCGGUCCAGCAGGGCGGUUCUUAUUGGUCAAGUGCGAGAUACAGGGGAAUAAAUGGGUGAAUAGGAUUGCUGGGCUUGCUCUGGGAACCGGACUCAGUAGAAAAGUGGCUCCUUCUGUGUCAUGAAGAAAUGGGAAAUGUGAGCAUUUACCUUCACUCAGGAGACUUGAGUCAAUUCUACAUACUCAAGAGGAUGUAACACAGAAAGCAAAAUACUGAUGAGAACAGUGUUCUUGACUGGGAUCUUUACAGUCAGUAAGCUGGAGUGAGGCUGUGCCAUGUCAGCUCAUCCACAGUAAUCCUGCCCCAUUACCUUGCAUCACAGUUGGCUUCCAUGACAGCUGUGCUUUUCUCUGGGAUGGUGCCCCUGUGGGACCCAGUGGUGUUCAGACUGUGUCCUGGGAGUCUGCUGCUUCCUGUUCCAGGUCAGUAUUUUGAAUUGGCACCCAGUGAACCAGUUCAACAAAAAAUGCAAAAAAAGCAGGCAGGAGAUUUGAAAGGGAAGUUUGGCUGUCUCUUGCCCCUUGCACCAAGAAGGCUAAUUAUGCUAGACUUCAACUUCUAUUGAUUACAUGCAUCAUAGAAGGCAGGCAGCUGUCUAAAGUUAUAAAGCAAAUGUUGUAGCAGUAGGAGUCGGAUCAGAUUCAGAUUAGUUUAUUGUCAUAUACAUUAGGGUGCAACAAAAUUCCUUGCUCAUGUGAAGCUCAGUGUACAUGGUAAUAAUAACUACAGUAAGUGCAAAAACAACGGGAUGGUGUGAAGUAUAGUCGGGCAAGCUGAGGUAGUGCAGAAAGAAAUAAUAAAUUGGCAAUAACAAGAGGUAGAAUUAAGGGUUUGAGAAUGUGGCAGCGCCACUGGGAAGGGGAUGUGAAAGAGGUGAUUGGUGUUCAGGUCUGAUGGCAAUGAGCAGAGAAAAUGGCAGAUCAAUUUUAGUGGAGGCUUGAAAUGAGGUGUCCCAUCAAAUUCUCCUGCACUCUCUGCCUCAAGGUUACUGGUUUCCAGCUGGAACUUAGGAGCAAUUGCUUCCCUUGUUCAUAACCAAUAUAAAGUUUCUGCAGCUGAGCCAACCGGUGGAACGUAAAGGUUGCAAUGGUUUCCUGAUUACAUAGUAAGCAAUGGAGGUAAUAUGUCAGUAUUCAUUGAUGCCGUCUUUUAACAGUACUUUGGGGUGCAUUAUUCUUUCAAUGUUAAUGUUUUGGAUAAGACUUGAGUGUAGUUAGUCAAAGUUUGUAAAUCCAAACCUAUGAGGAGGACACAGGGUGCAAAGGGGGAAGAGCUGACGUUUGAAUGGACAAGAAUAAGGCAGAUGUAUCAAUAUGAUAUGGCUUUCCACUUCAGGAGGCAAAAUGGUAAAUCAGAUUUGUCUAGAAGUUCAUUCCUAUUCACUACCAUAACAAAAGGUAUCAUGGAAACAAACAACGCCUUCUGUCUGAUUUCCAGAAUCUUUCUUUUACAGUUGAUGGGAUGACAUUUGCAGUACUAUGUGCUGCCACUGUGGGGUAGCACUUUCAAUGUAACUCAUAAAAGCAGGGCAAUUUUUUUUAAGAUGAGCUACUGAAAGAUUUGAAUAUCCUUUCACACAGUUCAAAGAAAGCAAGUUACACGGGAUCUUUUAUUACGACAGCUUUAUCAUGUAAGAUUAAAGAAGUCUGACUGCAGUAAUACAGGGCUUGCUUCUAUCCACAGAUUGUAUGUUGCGCUGUUAUUCAGCUUCUGCUAAUUGCGUACAGCGUGACUUUCUUGUACAAUUUUUGAUUGCAAAUGUUUUUUAUUUCAAAAAAUUUAAAUCAUAUAUAUACACACACACUUAAUCUAAAUUAUCAAUGAUUUUUAUUACUCAGUUUCACAUUAACUGCUUCCUGCAUUAGUAACAGUAAGAGCCUAAUGACUUUUUUAUUAAUCUGAAGCCACUUGUAGUUCAACCUCACAUAGAAUUGUCUGUUACUUUUUUGAAAUCAUGCAUUGUAUUGUCCAAUCCAUUGAGGAAGCACAUGUGAAGGAAAGACCAAAUAAUAUUAAAGAAUGCCAUUCAGUUUGAAUUUGGAUGUUGCUGUGUCUCAUUCACCAACCUUGAGAAACAAAAGAAAUGCAAUGUAAACUUACUGCCAUGGUAGACACUUAUGCAAUAUUGAACAAAUGCUAAAAUGUCAGCCUGGAGGCUUGCAGGUCAUAAAAAAAGCUGAAAAGAGAGACUUGUGCUGCCUAGUUAUUUACCGUGAAAGUUUCUGCCCUGCACGUGUGAUUUGAAUUCACAAGCUGCAUUGAUUCCCUUAAGCUAAGUGCUGGUCAUAAAUGCCACAAACAGGUGAAAAUCAACCAGCAUGCAGCAGUGUAAGGGUUCCAGCUGCUGAGAUGAGGUGGGGAGGGGUAGCCGAGCACCAAACCACUGCCCCUGCUCCAACAUGUUGUACAGGAGCAGCCGACACAUUCACAGAUCUCAAUUUUGACUUCCUUG